UUGUGCUAUAAUGUGAAAUUUCCUCGAGCUUUGUCUGAGUUUGAUAGUGCAACUUUUCAUCUUCGCAUCUACUCUUCUUUGCUACAGCGGAAAUGCAGAGAGCUACUUCUCAAGUCACUGUUUCGAAGAGUACCCCUCAAUCUGAGGAAAACAGCCGUGCGCAAACGCCUGUGGGUACUUCCAACCCGUUCGCUACACCUCCAUACUCAAGACCUGUCUCGACAAUUGGGGCUCGAUCUGGGUUCCAGUAUGCCGAAGUUCCUGGAACUGGAUAUUUUCGAUCUCGUCGCGUUCGCAGAGCAGAUGCUGUACCUCUCCCUGUCAACAAGAAGUCAAAGAAGGAGGCACUUUUAUGGGUUUUCCCCCUCUGCGGCUUGAUUCUAGGAUUAGGUCUAACUGGCCUCAUAAUCUACCUGAAGAUAGCUAGUAUUACACGACACAACUACUGUCCAGUUCUGUCAGAAGACUUUUCUUCUGGUACUUUGGAUCCUAACAUUUGGACAACAGAAGUUCAAGUGGGUGGUUUUGGGUUAGUUUCUCCCCUUACGUACAUGCUCCAAAAUUCUGACGAUCAAUCAACACAGAAAUGGUCAAUUUGAGCAGACAACGACAGAUGCCGAAAACCUAUUCAUUCAAGAUGGCCAGCUGUACAUUAAGCCUACAAUUCAGGAUGCAUCGUUGAUUACCACCAACAGUAUCAUCAACCUCACGGCCGAUGGAACGUGCACAACCACGUCCAAUAUCUUUCUCAAUUGUGUCACCUCUACAAACACAACCAACGGGACUAUCGUACAACCAGCCAAGUCUGCUCGCAUCAAUACCAAGCUUGGUGCUACCAUUAAGUACGGGAAAGUGGAGGUUAAAGCCAAACUCCCGAAAGGAGAUUGGCUCUGGCCGGCCAUUUGGAUGCUGCCGGUUGAGGAUACAUAUGGAGCCUGGCCACAGAGUGGUGAAAUCGAUAUUAUGGAAUCUCGUGGCAACAACUACACCUACAGUCUCGGUGGCAACAAUUUCGUAUUCAGCUCUUUGCAUUGGGGUCCUGAUGAAGCGAGCGAUGCAUACAAAAAAACUACUAACGUGAGAGCUGCCUUGCAUUCCGAGUUCGGUGACGAUUUUCACCUUUACGGCUUGGAGUGGACCGAGAAGUAUAUUUUUGCAUACGUUGAUAAUACACUGCGCCAAGUCAUGUAUUGGCCGUUUAAGAAGCCAUUGUGGCAGCAAGGAAAUUUCCCCUUGAGUGAUGCCAAUGGGACAGCGAUUGUGGACCCAUGGUCACAAACUGGCCGAAAAAAUACCCCUUUCGAUCAAGAAUUUUAUCUUAUCUUGAACGUGGGUGUGGGGGGGCAGAAUGGCUGGUUCCUAGAUGGCGCAGAUGGAAAGCCGUGGGUUGAUGGAAGCCCAUCUGCAAAGUUUGAUUUCUGGAAAGCCCGAAACGAAUGGCUUCCUACAUGGGAGAGGAAUGGACAGAUGAUUGUGGACCAGGUGCAGAUGUGGCAACAGUGUGAUUGAACUAAGCUUGACAGGGGAAGAGGAUAAACAAGCUGCGAUCAGCGUAGACAGGAUAUGCUUGGACCUUGGAGGAUUUCUUUGGAUAUGAUUAGCUUAAUGAAAGUGUGGUUAUUAUUAGAUGGAGGUCGGGAUCAACACAGCAACACCGUUUAUCUUAGGUUAUGGAAUAUUAUUUU